AUGGACAGUUUAAUUUGUUUAAAGUUGUUAAAAGCAAGAAAGAGAAAUAACAAAAAUAAGGUAUAUACUAUUUUGUCGAAUGAAUGUAACAAUAUAAUAGCUUUGCUUUGCCUAAAAGAUAAUUAUAAUUAUGAAGAAAAAAGAUUUAAAUUAUAUUUCAAUUUUUUGAACAGUUAUGGUAAUGAUUUCUUACUAAAUAAUAAUACAAUAGACUGUUUCUGGAUUAGCUGUGAUAAUGAUAUAUUUACAAAAGGGAAAAAUGUAAAACAUCAGAUUCCUAUUCUGAUAUCACAGCAACAUACUCUCUUGAGUUUCUAUAAUUUUUCCCAUGUCGACAAAAUAAAUGCACGUCUAGAAAAUUGUGAAAUAAUAAUUCAAGAAAACUCAUUGCAAUUUGAUAUUUAUAAAAAGACACGCCGAAAUAUAAUUGAAAAGAACAAGUUGUAUAAUUUUUAUAUUACAAACGAAAAAUUAUUUCAUUUUGCCAUAUCUAUAAAUAGAAAUCUCUCUAUUUUAGAAUCAUUCAGUGAAAAAUUUGUAAAAAUAGUACUGAAGGCGGAAAACUGCCUUUUUAUUAUAUUAAAUGAUAUCGCGUGUAUAGAAUUUGUCUCCAAUGGAUUCAGCUUGAGAGCAAAGAAGGUGUUUGCCUUACAAAAUAUUUUGAUGAAGGUCGAUAAUUAUGUUUUCAUUCAGAAAUGUAUUUGCAGAAAUGAUAUCAUGUUUGUUUUAACAUUCACACACCAACAAUUUUUGCUCAUUUAUAAGGAGGAAAAGCCUUGUGUGGCAAUAAAUAUAAAUAAGCACAUUUGCACCAUUUUUAACGACUUCGAAGUUAGCCAUGAUAUGUCAAAUGUGCUGCUGAUUGAUAUGCGUAAUCAAAUUUGGAUCUUUGAUAUAAAUGUAUACUGCAACUUAAAUUUGGAAGGGACAAGGAAUACAAAAUUUUUAGGGAAAAAGAAAAAAAUAAAAAAUGUUGAAAUGCACUCAAUGCAUUGUAAAGAGGAACCAUUUAGGUACUUGGAAAUUGGUGAAACAGAGAAUUGUCUAAAUGAGAUUUAUGGAAUACAGAAUAACUAUCUUCAUAAAAGGAAAAAUGAAUACAGAGUUAAGUUUAAUGGGGAGUCCUAUUUUCCUGAUUUUUUUAAUUUAAGACAGAAAAAAGUGUACAUAAAUAGAAACUUAAGAAAAGAUAUAGAUAACAACAUAAGUUUAAUGAAUUAUAAAAAAUUAGAAAUUUCUAAAUAUGCAUAUAUAAUUGAUGAAAUUAAUCAAAGUAAUGAAAUAAUUGAAAGUAAUGAAGUUAAUGAAGUUAACGAAAUUAAAGAUAUAUAUAAAGAUAGGAAAACAAUGUAUCAGACGCUUAAGGAGGAUAAAUCAUUAAAUGAAAGGGGAAAGAAUUAUAGAGGGAAUUCUGAUAUGAUAUAUAUUUACGAAGAAAUUGAAACGUCUAAUUGUUGUAUUAACUUUUCCAAGCAUUAUAAUGAUUUUCGUUAUACCAGUCAACACCAGGAUGAUAAUACCAAUAGUAGUAAUGUAUUUGAAUAUGCAGAUUAUGGAAAGAACAAAGAAAAUAUAAGAGAAGGAUUACACCGUAACAAUUCUGAUUUUUACAUUGAUAUAAAGCAUAAUUCUUUUCAAAAUGAGGAUAUUUAUAGAAAGGUGUUAAAAGAAAAGAGAGGUAAAGAAAUAAAAAUGAAAUAUGUGUACACAUGUAAGCAAUGUAAAAUCUGUACUAGGACUCAUGUUGAUGAUUACUAUAGUUGUAAUGUAAAGGAAAAUACUAAGAAUUACGUCUCUAGUGAGGAAAAUAACAAGUCAGAUAACUACAAUGAAAUGGAUUUAAAUUUGGAAGAGUCUAUUAAUUACCUUAAUAAAGUGUUACCUAGAUACAUACAACACAUUCACGUGUACAACUAUUCUAAUGACGUAAAAAAUUUAUUCUUAAUUAAAUGUUUCCAAAUGCGUUUUUUAGAACAUCGAAAUAAUGUUAAGAAGAAAAACAUGCACCAUAAAAGUUUUCUAUACAAUAGAAGAGUGUAUAAUACCAAAACAUACGUGUGUGGGAAUUACAUUUUCGUUGAAUUUUUUUUAUUAAAAAAGCAUACCAAUAUGUAUAAAAGUUACCUAGUUGUUUUGAAGAAAAUAAAAAAAAUAGAAUUUUUAUUUAUUUUGAAGAAUUACAAUUAUUUUUACGUAAAUAACAAAUCACAUGCUAUCUUUAAUAUUGAAAAUGUAUUAUGUAGACUAAUAUUUAAAAAUUACAUGAACGCGCUAAUUAGUAUCAGUUCAUACAAUAAGGUAAGUAAAGCGGAAAAUAUUCUGAAACUAAACAGCUUUAAAAGAAGUUAUUACUAUUUUAUAAUGAUGUACAAUGGACUUUUAAAUAAGGACAUAAUUUUAAUUAAAAACAGUUUAAAGAUAUUAAAAUUUAAGGAGACCUUAUUGUUAUGUAGAUUACUGUUUCAUUAUAUUUGGAAUAAUUUCAAUUUAAAAUUAAUUUUUUUUUAUUUUAUUGAUUACUUUUCAUUUAUUAAUCAUGUUUGGAAAGGAAAAAAAUAUAAAAGGAAAUUACAACAUUUUAUUAGAGAAAUAAAGUAUAAAAAGGAAUUUAUACAGAUAUAUAUGUCCAUAGCACUUAAAAAUAUUUUCGAUAUAGUAGACGUAAUUGGCAGAAAGAUUCUCUGUUUUGGAAGUUCUAACGAAUUUAAAAAUUAUGGGAUGCAGAAUUUUUUCGUUACCAACCAGAGGAGUGUGGAGCGACAGGAGCUUCAUAAUUUAGAAAAUAAUAAUAAUAUUGAUGGUAUUAAUAGCAAUAUUAAUAGUAUUAAUAAUAAUAGAAGAAAAAAAGAACUGUUUGCAAAAAAUGAUAUGACUUGUUUGAAAGCUCGAGAAAGUCAUAGACAUCCUUUAACAAAUGGUGCUAAUAAUAUAAAAAAAAAAAGAGAAGAACUUACUGUUGCACCUGAGUACUGUAGAUUAGAACAGGGUAAAUUGGAUGAUACCAAUUUGACGUACCACUGUAUAUAUGGAAAAAAGCAGAAGGAAUGGAAAAGGGAAGGUAUAAAGGAAGAUAAUGUGGAAAUGAAAGACAAGGAGAAAAGAGAAGAUGAAAUAACUUUUAUUAAAAAUAAAAAGAAUAAUUCUAGUGCUUCCUUUAGAAAUUGUAACAACAGUAUGAGUAAUUUAAAAAGUGACAAGGUACAAAUAAACAAAAACUUAAGUAUAAAAAGACAGUCCGAUGUAUACAUGAUCGAUGUGAAGACAAAAGAUAGAAUAUAUAGCAGCAGUAAAGGAAAUAAUUGCAAUAUAAGAAAUAACAAGUAUAGUAACAUAUUUGAGGUGUAUCAUUUUGAAAAAAUUUGCUUUCGAUAUAAUUAUAAUUUAUUUUUGAAUAAAAAAUACAGUAUGGAAAUAUGUUCAAUAGCGUUAAAGUUUAUUAUUUUAUUUAUAGAUCACUUUGCAAAAAAACAAGAAAUGAAAAGAAGAAUAAUCAAAAGGAAGAACAGUAAAAUAUUCUUAGAAAUGAACAAAUAUAUAUAUUUUAUUAAAAUUCUAAUGAAUGUACUAUCCAACAAUUAUUCAACAAAUAUCGAGAAGCAGAGAAAAAGGAAUGUAAGUAGAAUGAGUCAUGAGGGGGACGGAAAUUUUUUUCUUGUUUCAAAUAAUGCAUUACACGUUUUGAACUUUUUUAAUAACACUUAUUUUAAUGUGUAUAAAAUGUUUGGAGCUAUAUCUGAUAUAUUAUAUGUAAAAAAAUCUCAGAACGAUAAAUUAAAUAAGCUACUUUUUAAAGCAGAUAGCCAUUUUGGAACGACUAUUAAUACGAAAGAAAAAUGUGGUGAGGAUAAAAGAACAAUGCAGGAUAAAUAUGAGCCUUUUUUAAAAGAUGUGUUAGGUGAUAGUACAAAUAGGAACUACUGUCAGGGGAAUUAUUUAUGUACUACAGAAACACAUGCCGUAUGUGAGUACGUAAACAGUUCAGAAUUAAAAGAUAAACGAAAAAGUAGUACAUCAAAAAAAGCGAAUAUAUCAAAUGUAAUUAAUUUGAUGGAAAAUAAAAAGAGGAAUUAUAAUGCAAAUGAGGGUGUUGGUUCCACUAAGGAGAGUAUCAAUAUAUGUAGAAAUGAAAAUAAUAGAAGUAAUAAGAGCAUGAAGUAUAUAAGUAACGCUAGAUGUAUCCCCUUGAAUUGUAAAUAUUACAAUGAUAGAAAUUUCAGGGAUUUCCUUUUUUAUUUAUGUUACUCUUUUAUAGCAACUACAAGAAAGAAAAAGAGAGUUUCCUAUUUUCAUAUAAAGGAUGCUUUACAUGAGGAAGUAACUAAUUGCAACCGUUUAAUUAAUGAUGAACAUAGUUUUAGUACUAUUGUUUAUAAUAUGUUUAAUAGUAAAGAUCUGAGUACUAUUAUUUAUUAUAUAUAUUCAAAAAAAUAUGAAUUUUUUUUUAAUUUUAUGUUUUUGUAUUUCAAUUAUUAUGUGCUUUACAAUUACUUUAUAAAGGGAAGAAAUAAAUUCAUUAAGAAAAUUGAUUAUUGUUCUAUUCAGAAAACUAGCAUUACUAAUGAUGUUUAUCGAAAGAGUGAUAGGGUAUACAUAAGUAAGACAAAUGAUGAAGAGAAAGAAAUAAAAAAAAAAAAAAAACGAAGAAAGUUGGACUAUACCUUAUUUUUUAACAAAAUACUGAAUGAAAUUAUAAAUGAUGGUACAAUUAUUAAUAAAGGCGAAAUGUAUAAUUAUAGAACCUUCUUUAAUUAUUUGUUCUUAGAUAGUGAAAAUAGUAAAUUAGUUGAGCAGAAGAAGAAUGAAAAUAGGAUAAAACGAAAUAUCAUGAUAGGUGCAACGUGUAAUGAUAAAAAUAGCAGCACCAAUCUUAUUAGAAGUGGUAAAUGCUUUUUUAAUAAAGAAAUAAAUAAUGUAGAAGAUUUCAUUGUAACGAGGAACGAUAAUUGUACUAGCACUGCCGGAGGUAGUUUCUUUAUGCGUACGCAUUCAGAUUCACAGAGUAGAUCUACUAACAUUAACGGUGUAUAUAACCCUGUCAGUGGUAAACUGCAUAAUUUGAAUAACCGCAACUGUGCAGUGGGUACUCAUAACAAUAAAGUAAAACUAAGAUAUCUAAUUUUUCAGAUAUAUCAAAUGUAUGAUAACUUAAAUAAUAGUGUUACAAAGUUAAAAAAGAAUAUAGAUGUAAAUAAUUUAAGUACAAUUUUUAGUUUUCAUUAUGAUAUGAAAAAUAUUUUGAAAGACUACUUAUUCCGUAUAAUUGUAUUAAUGUAUAAAUUAAUACUUAAGGAUAAAAAUAAAAGUAAUAAAUAUUUUAAAGAGUACAUAAUGAAUCAUUUAAUUAAUAAUGUGAAGAUUCCUUUUAGAUUUAUACAUUUGAACCCGCACAAAAUUUUAAUAAAUUAUUAUGGUACUAUUAUAUAUAGACUUAUGUGUAACAAUAUAAGUCAUUACUUGAAUGUAUGUAUAUAUAUACUAAAGAUAUUAUGCAUAGACGUUCUGAAGUUUUUUAAAAUGAUAGCUUUUUAUACACUAAAAAAAUAUAUUAGAAAUAAUCUGUUGUUAUUUUUGUUUAAGAAUAGUUGUACACUAAGUGUAAAAGAUAAAAAGGCAAUUAAAUUUAUUUCCAUAUUAGAAAUAUUUUAUAGAAAUAGUUCUUAUAUCUCUGAACAUAAUUGUUCAUAUACAAAUUACAUUUUUAAUAGAAAUAUUUUUAAGUUAUACCAGAGCACAUUUUUUUUAGCUGCAUUAAAAAAAAAGUUAUACUCCACUGGUUAUAACUAUAUGUAUGAUAAUAUAUAUAAAGAGAAAAAUGUGUUAACUAUUUUUAAAUAUUUAAAUAUUUACAAUGAAUGCUGUUCUUAUAACAGCUGUGCAUUUCUUAAUUAUUUUAACAUGGCUUCCUAUCUAUGUACCCCUUUUAUCAUUCGGAAUUUUUACUGCCUUUAUAAAUUUCGAAGUGCAAAAGAUAAUAAGAGAGAAAAGAGAAAAGAAUAUAAACUGUAUGAAGCCACUUUAGUUCUAAAAAGAGCACUUUUGCAGAAAGGCAUGAAUCAUAAGAGGAAGAAGAAAGAGGGGAAAAUACUUAUAAUUAACAGGUGUUACUGCUUUAGAAGAAAACAUAAAGUGAGUGCAAAGUAUAGUCAUAAUAAUAAGAGGAUGAAGAAGUUGAAGAAAAUGUGGAAGAAGACUAAAGAAGGUAACAAUGAAUUCCUUUUUAUCAGUAACGAAUUACCAAACCACAAAUACAAUGGAGAUGUUGCUAUUCUUAAGGAAAAUAAAGUAUACUUGAGCUCAAAUGAAAAGGUAAACAUUUAUAUACCACAUAUAACACAUAAGUACUUUGAACAUUUAGAAAAAAUAUCUCAUUAUAGUGAAGGAAAGGAGGAAACAAAUUAUUAUAUAUCUAACCUCGGCAUUAACGGUAAUAAUAUACUAUUAGAAGAUUAUUUAACAGAAAUAAAGGGAAAACAAAAACUGGAAAAACUAAAAAAAGAGUCAGUGGAGAAAAAUAAAAGAAUGGUAAAUAAUGUAGCAGAAAUUAAGUAUCCUAUGAACUCAUAUGACUCUCACAAUGGUAGUAUAAUUUACUGUAAAAAGAAUGCUAAUAAAUUUGCUAAUUGCUAUUUUACAAACAAAAGGAAUAACACUAAUAUAAUUACAUUUAACAUGGCAAAAAAUUGGAUUAAAUUAAAAGGAGAAGAAGUCGAUGAUUUAAUGUUUAUCAGUUACAAGGAUCUUAAGAAUAAUAUUAUUAGUGAAAAAUAUAAAAAUGACAUAAAAAAAAAUUUAUACAAUAUAAAUAAGAAAAAAAAAAAGACAUGCUACUAUUACGAUUUUAAUAAUUAUGAUAAUGAAUGCUAUUGCUAUACCUGCAAUUCAAGAGAAAAGAAAAAAAGAGAAAGAAGUAAAAAAGGUACAAAAGAAGAAAACAAAUCACAAGUUGAUUAUAACUAUAGUAACGUUGAUGGAACUGAUGAUUUUAUUAUGCGUAAUAAUCAGAUUAUUGAAAAUGUUUCAGAAAUUUUGUAUAAAGACAAAGUUUUUCCAAAUGACCGGAAUGCACAAACUUCAUAUAUAAAUAAUACAAUUAUAUUUGAAAAAGAAAAAGAUAAAAACAGAAGGAAAGAGAAAUCCUAUAUAUGCAAAAUGAAUGUUCUACAUCAAAAUGAAGCAGACAAAAACAACAAUUGUUUUGUUAACAGGAAAAAAAAACAAAUCAAAGCAUGUGUAGCUCUACCAUUAUUCAAAAAAAGAAAAAAUUCAAAUGAAUGUAACAAAUAUAAUUAUCGCAUAAUACCUUUUAAUGUUUCCAACAAUGGUGCAUAUUUAUGUUGUUCCUUAGUUAUGUUAAAAACGAUAAAUAAAAGCAUUAUGAUUAGAAUUGUUUUAGAAAAUAGGGGAUUAAACUUCUUGCAUUUUUUAAUGAAAUAUUUUACUAAAAAGAUAGAGAAUGAUUCUGCAUCAGCCAAAAUAGACAUACAUGGGCGGAAAUCGGAGCAAGUUGCAAAAAACCGGAUACAGAAGGAAGAGGCAGACAUAGAGGUAGACAUAGACGUACAUGUAAACGAGAAUGAAAACGCAAACGCAAGUGGAGCAGAAAAAAAGAAAAAAAGGGAAUACAAUCGUUUCCCCAAAAGCUUGAAGUUAGGAAGGAAUUCUUUACAUGCCUCCAUUCCGAAUAAUAAAAAAUAUAAUGGUCACUCCUUACGUAAAACAUGUCAUGAAGACAGAGUGAAAAGUGAUAAAAGGCAUACCACGGAUAGGCGACUAAGUACAAGUGUUAACACAAUUUACAAACAUAUACUUUUAAAAAGUUGCAGUAACGGAAAAAAAAAAAUAGAGGUAAAAAAUCUGUUUUAUGAAUUAAUAAAACUUAUUAACAUAAAAUCGUACAACUACAAAAUUUUCGUAUAUAUAUUAGAAUACUAUAUAGAUAACAUUAACCUAUCAGCUGUAUUUACCCUUCUAUUUACGCUAAAAUAUUUCAGCGGUAAUUUUUUCAGGACACUUCAUAAAUCAACAUCGUUUAAUUUUUAUGAAAAUUUUAAAAUUAUCAGAAGAGACAAAAAGAUGAGUAGAGCACCCGAUCAUUAUGACAACACAUUUAAUGAUAAAUUGGCAAAUAGUCCAUUACUUUAUGAACAUGAAAAAAAAACUAUAACGAUGGGGAAUAAAAAUAAAAAAAGAAAUUUUUUGUUUUUAAAUGCGUAUGAAAGAAAUUUCUUAAAAAUUAUAGUCUACAUUCAAAACCAUUUAAUACAUGAACCAGUAUACUUUAUGUAUGACUACAUUGAGUCUGUUCUAGAGUCUUAUGGUAUAUUUUUGUUUAAAUUUGAUUUUUUAUAUAAAAUAAAAUUUUUAAAUAAUUCAAAAUGUAAGGAAAAAUGGUUAACAGGAACAGGCAGGAGGAAAUGUUUACAAAGGAAUGUGUUGAACAUAUUAGAUGUCGUUGCAUGGAAAAAGUAUUUAAAAAGGGGGAAAAAGUUGAAUAAACGUAAUUUGGAAAUAUUUUCUUCAAGAAAUUUGAGAAGUGGUCGGAAGAACAAUAAAUAUAUUUAUUAUAAUAUUAUGGUAAAGCUAAGUAGAAAUUUCCUAUGUUUUAAUUAUUUAUCCUAUCAAGACUUUAAUAACCGAUUUGGUGUCAAUAUCUCCUUCGGGAAUAAUGAUAAUCUUUUGGAAUAUAAUAAAAAAUACAUAGCAUGUAAUGAAGUAAACAAUCUGCACAAGUAUAUUUUGAACUAUUAUUUAGUUAAUCAGAGCUUAACAGGUAUGUAUUUUUUCAUAUUGUACAAUAGGAACUUGUUUCGUUCUUUUAUAAAUUGUAAUUAUUUAGUUAAAAGGAUUUACAAUAAUAAAGAAAAGAAUAUUAGCUUUUUUAAAAGAUCCUUGAAUACAUGCGUGUCAUACACGUAUUGUUAUAUUUACUCGCAAUUACGUAAUAAUAUCGUCGCUUUGUCUUUAUACAACUCUGCAAUUAUAGUCACUUAUGAAUUGAAUAAACAUAUUAAAAUGGAGAAAUGUAAGAAAAUACAUUUAAGUCAAAAUAAUGCGUACUUAGAGGAAAAUGAUGAUACAUGUAAAAUGCAGUUUAUUCAAAGAAGGGCCACAUUUAUAAGUGAGAACACAUGCUCAUAUGCGUAUUAUAAUAAUGUAGAUAUUACAAUGUCAGAAAAGGAAUUUACAAAGCCAAUUUGUAUUCAUAAAUAUGCUUCUAACCAGGAGAGCGAAAUUUUAAAUGAAGGCUUAAAUAAUGGAGAAAUAAAUAAAGAGAAUAAUGAAUUUGUAUAUAUAUAUGACAUACAUCGUGAGCCUUAUUUAUUAUUAAGGAAAGAUAAAGACAAUAUAAGCUAUAUACCUCUAUACAUCCUAAGUUUUCUGAACGUAAAAUUAUUUCUUUGCAUAUUUAUGUUUAGCAAUAUUGACAUAUUUGACUUGAGAAAAAACAAACCGAAUAGCCCUUUAUAUAUAAGCAUAUACUACUUUAAAAAAUUAACGAAAUGUUUCAUUCCUUCCAUAUAUGAAGCCUACUUUUCAAACAAGAAAUAUCUGAAGAGGAGUAUAAGAAUCAAAUUAGAGAGUGAAAAGGCGACAAAUAAAGAGCUCUUUAAGUUAGCUAUACAAAAUUUAAAAAAGUAUAAAGAGAAUUACCUAAAAGUGCAAAGACAAAAAAACAGUAAUUCCUACAAUAGCACUGGUAAUUCUUCUAUGAGUAACAGUUGUAGAGUCCCUAAAAGUUAUAGUUACAACUUUUGUUUUGAGAAUAUACCUAUAAUAAAAGAAAUAAACAAAAAUAAUUUCAUUUAUAGAGGCAAAGAUAAGUUUAAACUAGUACAAAAUAUUCUUAAGGUUAACAAGCCUGGUAAUGACUAUCAUAAUGUGAAGAAACGUGUACAUAUGUCUAGAAAGGAGGUUGAUUAUAGUUAUGAUUUUUUCUCAUAUAAUAGGGUUAUUUCACUAAAAACGUUGUUAGAAAAAACUGUUGAUGUUUGUUUCUUUAAAAGGUAUUUUUCUCCUUUUUCAAUUUUUAAAAAUAUAUUUUUAAAAAAAAAAAAAAAAAGUAACAAAUUGUUCAGUGUUGAUAGUACUAAUUUGAAAUAUGCAAUAGAUGAUAUGAAUUCUGACACAAAUAAACUAAACAAAAAGGAAGUGAAACAAAAUUUGUUUUUCCUCUUUUGUAAUAAUAUAAUGAAGGAUGAUAACAGGAUGGGGAAAAUAUGGAAUUAUAAGGAAUUCUUUUCUCACGUAAGAAGGAACAAGAAAGAGGAUAAUUAUAUCACAUAUAUAUCAAAAAAUAACAAUACUGAAUUAGAAAAUAUUAAAAUAGAAAAUGAAAACGAUAAAAAUUGUAUCAGUUCUAAAGUCGACAUUUACAAAAGGGGAACCAUAGAAGACGACCACCAUGGGGUACAAAAUAACAGACGCAUUUUAAAAAAAGAUCAUUUUUAUUUUUUAAAAUAUUUUAACAUAAAGUAUUUUUUAACUUGUUGUCAGCCUUUAAUAGCUUAUCAUAUAUUAAUUAUAAAUCACGCAUUUUAUAGACAUAAUAAACCAGACAAUUUAUUAGCAUACUUAUCUAUUAACAGUGGUGAUAUAACAUCAUUAAAUGAUUAUAUUAUUAAUAAUCAUAUUAAUUUACCUUUGAAUUUAGAAGAAGAACUAAAAAAAGUAAUAAAUGACAUGUGUCUACAAUUAUGUAUUUUUUAUUUUAAUAAUAAUGAUGUGUUGUGUUCACUUUUGUGCUUCUUAGACUUAUGUAAUGUGAAUGUAGAAAAAUUAAAAAUGUAUGUGCUUAGCAUGAAAAGCAUAUAUUAUUAUUUUAAAAAAAAUUACAAAAAAAAAUUUUUUUUUGAUAAAAUGAUAAAAAAAUGCUUUGACUUUUUUGAAAUCAAAAAUAUUUCCAUUGAAGAUUUUUACAAAAGAAAAAAAAAAGUAUUUUAUGAAACUUUUACUCUGGUAGAUAUAAACUAUUACGAUUUAUUUAAGAGGAGCUUUGUUGAGUUAAUUAUUAUUAAAUUAUUUCUUCAAUUAUCAGAAGGAAAUGAAAAAUCAGACAAUAUACCUAACAAUGGAAAGGAUAAUUUUGCAGCUAACCCAUUUGGUAGUAGUAGUAAUAGAAGUAGUAGAAGCUGUUGUAUUAAUGCAGAAAAUGUCCAAAUUAAUUUCAAGCGUCAUAAUGAAGAUAUGAGCACAUUAGAUACCAUCAAUGAUAAGGAAAAAGCUAAAAGCAUGGAAAAUACUACCAAUUAUAAAUAUGAUAACAAGUGUAAUGAUAAUGUGUCAACAAUAUAUGGGGGCGUGGAAAAAAUGUUACAUGGUGAAGCAAACAAAACCUGUAAGGAAGAUUAUGGAAAAAAUAUAAAUCUGGACAGAAUUCAUAAUGAGGAAGAAAAUUUUAGUAAUGAAGCAUACAAGGAUGUAUACGAUUUGGAAAUAAGUAAACAUGGUAAUGAGAUAAACACUGAAGACGGUUAUAUUAUUAAAGAGAAGACAGGGAAAUUUUUUAUUUUAUUUCUCCUUGAAAAAUCAAUACAUUAUAGAUUAAAAGAAAAGAAGAGAAGAAGAAAGAAAAAAUAUUUUAAUGGUUUUUUUUUGAAUAUCAUCUCUCUCUAUUGCAAAAUUAAUAGAGUGCAUCAAUCGUUGACAUUACUGCAUAUCUUAAGUAAAAAAAAUGAUAUAUUUAUUUUUUUCUACGAAUGUAUUGAUAAAAAAAUUGAUCUAAGAACGUGUAAGGAUAUUAUUAAUUUGUACACAAAAAAUAAAUACACCAAAAAACAUAUACUUACAUUUUUAAAUCAUAUUAAGAUAAAUGCCCAUGAGAUAAUGAAAAUUCAAAUGAGAAUUAAAAAUAAAAAUGAAGAUCACAUGAACAGUUGUAGUGGUAGAAAUGAUAGUUGUUACACUGAUGUACAUGGGAACUGUUCAACCACAAUAUUACUAAAAAAAAUGAAAAACAUUUUUACCAGGAAUACGUCCUUUUGUAAUAACGAGAAUUCUAUUAACCAUUCUAGCAAUACUGUCAUAGAGUUACUCUAUUAUAUCAUAUACAAUAAUUUUGAUUAUAAAAUUCUUCAGAGUGUUAUAGAAGUUGUACUCAAGAAUAAUGUAUACUAUACCAAAUUUUAUAUAUAUCUAACUGCUUAUGUUCAAUUUGUAUUUCGAAAAAAUUAUCCCUACUUAUUUGUAAAAGGAUGUAAAAAUAUUGUAGAAAAAUUAUAUAAUCUCAAAUAUAAUGUGAUUACAAGGUUAAAAAAAUAUGAACACAUUUUCCAUCGAUCUUUUAACUCCUCUGAGGAUUUAAAAUUUUUUUUGAUAUUUUUUAAAAAGAAAGAAGAAGAAUAUAACAGUAUAAUUACUUUACUAAAAAAUAUGUGGUUUUUCUUACAAAUUGAUGAAUACCUAUUAUUUUUAAAGAAUUUUCAAAUUAUAGAUAUAAAUAAAUUAAAAUUUUACAAUAUCGUACAAAACCUAAAAGAAUAUAAAGAAACCAGUUUAGAAUUAUUUUUUGAUAAAAUUAAAAAAGAAGAAAUAACAUAUCUUUUAAUUUUUUUUCUUAUUUCAAAUGAUAUAUUUAAUUUAUUAGACAGAUUCUUCUACAUUUUUUACUUUGAUGAACCGAUCAUUUGCUUAACUAAUUUUGUAAAAUGUAUAAAAAAAUAUCAAUUUUCAAAAGCAGAAUACUAUCUUAGGCGCCAUUAUAAUAAAUAUAUUAGAAAGAAUAGAAAUAUUAACAAGCAUAAUUUAUAUUAUAUAUUUUUUACUCAUCUCAUAAAUUAUUUGUUCAUGAACCAUUCCCAUGUACGGUAUAUCAUACUGAAGAUGCUGGUACGAACACAUCAUGACUGCAAGUACAACUUUGAUUUUUACAUACACAAGGCAGUAACAAAUUUUAAUCUAAGAAAAGAUAUUUUCCCUGGAAUAUUUGAGGUUUGUGAAGACUUAAUAAAUAGUAAAAAGUUUGCACAUGUAAAAAAUAUGCUUAACGAUAUAUAUGUGUCAUUAGACAAUUGUUCCAAGUAUGCUUUUGCUUUUGACAAAUUGCAUAUAAAACGAAACAGAUUUAUUCUGUUGCAUUACACAUGUUUCAAAUACUUCUUGCAUAUAAUAAAAGAUAGAAGAUAUAUAGAUGAUUACAUAAUUUUGCUAUAUAAAAUUUCAAGUUCUUUCCAUUAUUCGAACGUUAUUUUUCUCAUAUUCCUUUUGAAUUAUUCAUAUACUUUUCAAUUUGCGCUAUGCAUUUACGACCAAACAGCCAUAUUAUUAUUAUGUAUAUAUUUAAUAAACAUUUUAAAAAAGGAAAUAAAUCAAAAAUGCAAAAAUAUGAAAAGGAGGAGAAGCAUGUUUGAAUAUGUAGACAAAAAAAUUAGAGUGGUCAUAAAUUUACUUAACAUGAACAAAGAAGGAAAAAAAGGAGCUAAAAUAAAAAAAGAAAAUAAUAAUAAUUCCAAAUUGUGCAUAUUAAACUUCCUACCAUUAAAUAAUGAAGAAAGCGAACAAAUAUUUUUAUUCAAAGAAUAUCAUGAAAAUAGAAAAAAAUAUAUGAAAUAUUAUAAAGAGUUGUUUUUAAACUUUGAAGUGUAUAAUGAGCAUAUGAACUUACAGAGGUACUUUUAUGUUUACUCUGAAAAAUAUUUUCUUAAUUUUAACAAACAUACAAAUAUUAUUAAAUAUUUAUGUAUUAAUAAAUAUACGGUACAGAAUUUAAAAUUGAAAGUAAUAUAUUUACUAAACUUAUCUACCAAAAAAAAAAUACCAAUAAAUUUUACUAAAUUAAAUAUAUCAUAUAUAGAAUUCAUUUUGAAAAACAUUGAUCAGUGUAAAAACAGAAAUACGGUAGUACAUGUUCAUAGCGUCAUUAGGAAUAAGCAGGUAAAAGAUGAGGUGAAAAUAAAUAAAGAAUUAAGAAUGAUGACUAUUCAUUGUACUUAUGAAGAUGCGAAAAAAGAUAUUAUAAAUACAGGAAGUUUCAAUGAGGAACUAACAAAACAAGAGGAUAUGAAAGAUUCUCAUGUAGCUACAAAUACAUACGUUAAAAAUAGUUUUAUUUAUAACAGGGAAAUUUUGGAUGCCAGGUGUUGUUACAUUAAUAAUAGCUGCGCGAAUCAAACCUUUAACAACAAUAAGAGUAAAUCUAUUCAUAUAGAAAAUUAUAAUAAAAAAGUACUUGUUGGAGAAGGGGAAAAGAAAAAUGACGGAAGUAAUAACUUCAAUUUUAUUUUCAGCGUCAAAAGAAACCACAAAAAUAAAUUAGCUAAAGAUAAGGUAAAUCUAUUGAUAAGCAUAUUUAUAUGCAUAAACAAUUUAAUCAAUAAUUUUGAUAUAAUUAUGGCCCAAUAUAUAAUAGACAGUUUCGACAUCAAAAAUAUAUAUAAACAAAUAAAAAAGGAUGAAAAGAAGAAGUUAAAAAAAGAAAAAAAGACAGGUUAUAAAAAUAUACUUAAUUGUAACUCAGAAUGGUUUAGUAAAAAUAGCAUUAUUAAAAAAGAGAAGAAAUGUGAUAGAACAGAACCAAUAGAUAUGUUUAAAUCGCGGGGAAGCUCUAUUUUUGAUGAAAUUUAUGACGAAAAUCUAUAUAAUGAAGAUGAAGACAGCAUGAAUAGUUAUGAUCCUUUUAGGAAAAUAAGAAACUAUUACCUUAAUAUAAAAAAAAGAAAAAGCGAAUUUGAUGUAAAGAAAAAUAUUGAAACAAAAUUAAAUUUUAGACACGACAUGUCCUAUAUGAACAUUGAUGAUAUAUAUAAAUAUAUUUAUUUUAACUCAGUUUGUGCUCUUGUUAUAUUUUACUAUUUAUGUAUUGACAGAGAAUCAGCAUUGCAACUGGUGAAUCAUUUUCCCUCCAAAAUGCUAAAGGAUAAAAGUAAGUUAAACAAAUUAGGUGGGUUAAACAAAUUAAACGAAUUAAAUAGAUUAAAUAAAUUGGAGCAGUUUUUUGAAAUGUCUAAAAUUCAUUGUAGCUGUGAUGUGUACAAAUUUAUUCUGACGACUGAACUGCUAUUUAUAGUUAGAAAAAAAGCAUGCAUUAAUUUGAAGCCAAUAUUUUAUCAUUUAAAUAUGGAAAUUUCGUUUUUAAUAAUGUUUUUUUAUGUUUUAAAAAAUUUUACGAAUAUUGAUUGUAAAAAGACAUUUGAUACAUCUAUAAUAUUAAAAUUUAUAUGCUUGUUUAAAAAAAAUUUGAAUAUGUUUGCUGCAAAUUUACUGAUUUAUCACAAUUUUAUUUUACUUUUGUUAACUAAUUUUCAUAGUUACAAACUAGAAAGAUCUAAGAAUUCGGGCAAUAGCAAAAAUAAUAAUAAUUAUAAUAAUAAUACCUUUAAUAUUUACACGACAAAGAGAGAAAUAAAAAAAGUUCACUUAGAAGGGAAUUUAAAUGUGCAUAAGAUGAAAAGUGGAGGUGAAAAAUAUAGAGUAGAUAAUCUUUUUGUAUACUAUGAAUGUUCACAGUCAUUUCUAAAUAAGUACACAAAUUUAAUAACAACAAAUUCGUGUAAUAUAGUAUUUAAUAGUUGUUACAUCGGUAGUAUGUUAGAUGUCUAUUUCUAUCUGUUUCGGAUAAUGAUAAAAAAUAAAUACAGAAGAAAUAAAAGAAAAGGAAAAUACGAAAGUGACAACAAAAAAAAGUUGAAAAAUUGGAGAGGAUUUUAUUACCAUAGUGGGGACAUUCAUAAGCUCCUUUUUAACAUUAAAACGUUGGAUAGAAAUUUUAUUAAUUUAUUUUUCGCUAAUAUAAUUAACUUCUAUAAAAAUAUGGAAAUAAUAUUACCAGUGGAAUUAGAAGUAGAAAUUAUUAUAUUUUUGUAUAAAUUAGCGUGCAAGUUUACAUCAGAGAAACAUAUUAAAAAAAUUGAGCGUAUAAUUAAAAUACGAAUUUUUACCUAUGUUAGAAAAAGAAAAAUAUAUCUUGUUUUCAGAUUAUUAGUAAACGUAAACGAGUAUGACAAACUAAAUUUUGUCUUUAAAUUAAUUUUUGAGAAUAAUUAUAUAUCGAGUUUUUUAAAAUAUAAUAAAAACAUAUUUUUAUCUCUAAAUGUGCAUAAGUUUAAUUGCGAUCUUAGUGUUUGCCUAAAUAAUAAUUGUUUAUUGUAUAAUGAAAAAAUUUAUAAGCUCAAGAAUUCUUUUCACAAUAUAAAGCAGAGUAUUAUAGAAAAGAAACAGUUAAAAUUAUGUUCAACUCACAAAGUUGCCAAAAGUUUGUGUAAUCGAUCUACUGUUACUUACGGACGCAGUAAUGAAAGAAUUAACACAUAUAAAACUGCCGAAGUUGAGAGGGAAUAUGGGCAUGUUAACAACAAUAAAAGCGUUUUUAAAAUUUUUGAAAAAAAAAACAAAAAAAACAAAAAAAACAAAAAAAACAUAUUUAUUAGCAAUUUAUUGAAUAUUCUUAAGAAUAUAUAUAAAAACGAAAAAAGGGAAAGGAACAAAGCAGAAAAGAACCAAAUAAAUAUUUUAUACAAUUUUAAUGACAUACAUUUUUCAGAUUUGCUAAUUCUGUAUGAAAAAAAUUAUGUGCGCAAAUAUCAAAAUAUAUCUUCUCCUUCUUUUUUGUUUUAUGAUGAUAAUUUCUUUAUACACAUACUGUCCUUCUAUAUAACUAUCUACUGCAAGCAAUAUGCCAAAUGUGAUAUGGAAACGUUAUUACGAAUAUAUAAAAAAGUUGGUUUAAAGUAUGAACUAUACAAGUUAUUAAAAAAAAAAGUUACCAGUUCUAUAAAAAAUUUAAGAAAUGAAAAUAAAGAUAUAUUUGAUGAGAGUAGCUUACAUACAAUAACUGUUAGCAUAAACUUGCUACAUCAUUGUUCAAUGAUAUUACUAGAAAUGGAAAAUUUAUACGCUUAUAAUUGUAACUUAAAUGUUAUAUACCUUUUGAUUUUGCAAGUAAAAUAUAUUUAUUUGUACAAUAAGCAGAAAUUACAGAUGACCAAAUAUCGUAACUUUUCUUCCUAUUUAAAUAAAUUUAUUACAUUAAAAGCCUUGGAAAAUAAUAAAAUAUAUGAAGUAGACAAUAUUGAUAAAAUAUUCGAAAAUGUUAUACAAGAAAAUAUUUCCGUUUCGGAUUAUAAAAUAAACUUUUUAAAUUUAUCAUUACCAAGUCUUAUUUCUUUGGUUGAAAAUCAUCCAAUAUUUUAUGAAACGUUAAUUUUACUAAAGGCAUAUGAAAAAAAUUACGAUGAUAUAGUAUACUCUUUUAUUCCGAAAAUUUUGUUCAUUCAAGUUGUCAUAUACAAUAAUAAAAAAUAUUUAUCUGAUUACUGUUCUUAUAGCUGUAUUGACAAGAGUACUUUAAAUUAUAUAAUAAAGUUAUUUCAGAUUAAUAGUUUACAUUUAAAACUUUACAAAAAUUUCCCGACAAAAAAAUAUAAAUAUAUAACUACAAAAAAAAAUUUGUUAACUUUUGAUUUUGAUUCUUACAUUUUAUCUUCAAUAAACAUACACUAUUCAAAUAUGGAAGAAAAAAGAAAGUUUUGGGACUAUGGAGAACAUGUGCUUUCUCUUAAAUACCUCUUAAAUCAGAUAAGCAAUAUCGAUUUUAAAAUGAAGGUUUGCAAAAAAUUAGGUACUGAUUUUAAUGAUAUAUAUUUUGCAUGUAAGGACAUUCUCAAUUAA